AUGGGCAAUUGCUUAUCUUGUUGUAACAAAUCUAAAGAUGAACAGUACGAGCCGUUACUGGCGGAUCGAGAAAGAGAAGCUGUAGCAGACUUGUUAAAUUUCUUGGAAGAUAGAAAUGAGGUGAACUUCUAUAGUGAAGAACCAUUAAGGGCGUUGACAAUUCUUGCGUACUCUGACAAUAUUGAUCUUCAACGAUCAGCAGCUCUGGCUUUUGCCGAAAUUACUGAAAAAGAUGUUCGGGAAGUCGAUCGUGAAACCAUCGAACCCGUUUUGUUUUUGUUGCAAAGUCCUGAUGCCGAGAUUCAGCGAGCUGCAAGCGUUGCACUAGGCAAUUUAGCUGUCAAUGCCGAAAAUAAGGCCCUUGUGGUCAAGUUGAACGGUUUGGAUCUCUUAAUUCGUCAAAUGAUGUCCCCUCAUGUUGAGGUGCAAUGCAACGCCGUUGGCUGUAUCACGAACUUGGCUACUUUGGAUGAAAACAAAUCAAAAAUAGCUCAUUCUGGUGCCCUUGGUCCCCUUACUCGACUUGCAAAGAGCAAGGAUAUACGUGUACAGAGAAAUGCCACUGGUGCAUUGCUUAAUAUGACCCAUUCUUAUGAAAAUCGUCAACAACUCGUUAACGCUGGAACCAUACCUGUUCUGGUUUCCUUACUCCCCAGUUUAGACGCCGACGUGCAAUAUUAUUGCACAACAUCCAUCAGCAACAUCGCUGUCGAUGCCAUCCAUCGCAAAAAACUUGCUCAGAGCGAACCCAAGUUGGUUCGCUCACUUAUCCAGCUCAUGGACACUGCUAGUCCCAAAGUUCAAUGUCAAGCCGCUUUAGCUUUGCGUAAUCUCGCUUCUGAUGAGCGCUAUCAAAUUGAGAUUGUUCAAAGUAAUGCCUUGCCCUCGCUUCUCCGUUUACUCCGUUCUUCUUAUCUUCCUUUAAUUCUCGCAUCAGUUGCAUGCGUCCGAAACAUCUCUAUCCAUCCUCUCAACGAAUCCCCUAUUAUUGACGUUGGUUUCCUUCGUCCUUUAGUAGAUUUGCUCUCUUGUACCGAAAAUGAAGAGAUUCAAUGUCAUGCGGUGUCCACGUUGCGUAAUUUAGCCGCUAGCUCGGAACGAAAUAAACGCGCUAUUAUUGAGGCUAACGCUAUACAAAAACUCCGUGAUUUAAUCCUAGAUGCCCCCGUCAGCGUUCAAAGCGAAAUGACCGCUUGUCUUGCCGUAUUGGCCCUCAGCGACGAAUUCAAAUCGUAUUUGUUAAAUUAUGGUAUAUGUAAUGUCCUUAUCCCCUUGACGGAUUCUAUGUCAAUAGAAGUACAAGGAAACUCUGCUGCUGCCUUGGGUAACCUUUCUUCAAAUGUUGACGAUUAUGGUCAAUUUAUUGAGUGUUGGGAUUCUCCUGCAGGUGGAAUUCGUGGUUACCUUGUCCGAUUCUUGAGCAGUGAAGACUCCACCUUUGCUCAUAUCGCUGCUUGGACGAUCGUGCAAUUACUAGAAGCUGGAGUUCCUCGAUUAACUGCUUUUAUUCAAUCAAGCGAUGAUAUUAUUGAACUCCUAAACGAUAUAGUUGCCAGAGACGUGAAUAAUGGAGAAUACGAAGAUGGCGAAGGAGAUGUUAUUUUACUGUCAGGUCGAGCACUGCAUCUAAUUGAGCAAGACGCUGAUGCUUAA